AUGCUGUCCACCUCCCAGAAAGCGAGUAAACAAGAACAAAGUUCACCUCCAAAGAAACUAAACGUUUUGCUUUUGUCAUCUGAGUGGUGGUCCAGGAAGGGAGGAAUAUCAACCUUGAACAGAGUACUUGCCAUUCAGUUAGCGAAACAUCCGUUGGUUGAGGUUACAGUCUUCCUUCUUGAAUGCAGUGAAGAGGAAAAGAAAGACGCCGUCUCACACAACAUCAAAGUUGUUAAAGCCGAAAGGCAGGUUGGGUUGGAGGAAAAAGUUUGGCUUUGCUUUCCACCAAAUGAUCUCCAGAUUGAUGUAGUUAUUGGCCAUGGAGCUGUCCUUGGUGCACCAGCAAAGAUUAUUAGAGACAAUCGCAAGUGCAAGUGGGUACAAGUCACUCACACAGCGCCAAAGGAACUGGGCAUGUGGAAAGCCUACCAGGAUUCUAUCGCGAGAAGUGAAGCAAAGCAUAAAAUUGAAGUUGAACUAUGUGAAAAUGCUGACUUUGUCGUUGGGGUUGGGCCAAAGCUAAGUGAAUCGUUCCAAAGUUAUCUUUGCUGGUGUAAAAAUCCUGAAGAUGUUGUAACUCUUACUCCGGGAAUUUUCAAUGAAUACUCGGACAUAGAUCACUCACCAAGAGAUGGCAAAAAGUGUCGAGUUUUAACAUUUGGCCGUGGAGAUGAGGAAGAUUUCAAACUGAAAGGAUUUGAUAUCGCAGCUAAAGCGGUAGCCGGUCUAAGUGACACGAUACUUAUCUUCGCCGGUGCUCGCAAGGAAGACCUUCAACAGGUUACUGACAGAUUUUUGGAGUGCAACAUUUCUCCAGAAAACCUGGAUGUAAGAAGUUUCCUCGAGAAUAAACAUGAUCUAAUCAGGCUAUUUUGUGAGGUGGAUCUUGCACUCAUGCCUUCUCGGACGGACGGCUUUGGACUCACAGCACUUGAAGCUCUAUCUGCUGGCCUGCCUGUACUUGUGAGUGGGAACACGGGAUUUGGAGAGGCCCUCAGCAAGAUUGCAUUCGGUUCAUUCUAUGUAAUCGAUUCCCAACAACCCAAUGUGUGGGCCAAAGCCAUAAAACAAGUUUGCAGGAAGGACUGGAAAACGCGGCGUCAAGAAAGUGACUAUCUGCGUACCUGUUACAGCAAAGAGUACAACUGGGAAAAGCAGUGUAAUGACCUCGUUGCCAAAUGUCGCAGCGCUGUUUACGACGAACAGAAACAGCAAGAGGCCUGGACGGGGGAGAAUCCAAAUCAAACGGUAACCUCUCAUAACGUACUUGAGAAAAGAAUGGAAAGAGGACCAAACACACAUCUUCUUCAAAUCGUCGAUGAAUCGUGGUUGUGCCCAACGACAACGCAACAAAGAAACAAAGAAACAAUCAUGGAAGAGCUACAAAGCGAAGACAAAGUGAUCAGUGAUCAGACGGCCAAGCAGACGGCCAAGAGAUUCAAGAAUAAAGCAUCAAGUCUCACGCGUCAUAUCAACGAGACAACUAUUAUGGAACAGGAGGAAGAGUGUGAUCCAAGUAUUAGUUUGCAAGAUCAUCAUAAGGAUCUACGAGUUAACAUAACAAAAGAAAGACACUGCAGUUGCGCCUGCGCCGCGAACCUUCCAUCACCACCAGUUAAUUCUUCAGUACAAAAAAUACCAACGACGGUGCUCAAGUCCAAAGAUUUUGAGGGCGACCGUAAUAAAGAAUUGAGUGGCUCUAACAUGGAGUUGGAAGGUAGAAUGGAAAGCAAACUUGCACGGAUGCGUCAAAUGAUCGGAAAAAAAGUAUUUUCCUGUCACUCGCGAAAAAAUGAAUCAAACGACAAGACAGCCAUUGAAGUCGAAAAAGAAUUUAGAAGUUGGGAAACACCAGACGAAGAACACCGCGCGAAGCUUUCAAUGGUAGACGAAUUAACACAGGAAAGACAUACUUGUUUCGAGCUUCAAAAGCAACCGAAAAUACAAGCAGAAAUAACUUGCAUAGAGGAAAGAAGAAGUGAAGAAAGUGGAUUUCCGAUGAAUUCUAAUAAUAACGCAAGUGGAAGAAGUAAACUCGUAGAGUACCUUCAUCGCAAGAAGCCGCUUCCCAUGAUUCAUGGUGAUGUUGACAGCGCUAAUGUGUUGCUUUGGGGAGAAGAUGAGCACUGGAUAGCUAAACUGGGUUACUAUGAAAUUACAAAUUUAAGGCAGGAAUACAUGACAGUGAACCAAGGCGAAUCUAAUGAUCUGCUAGCGUUGGAGGCGCCCAUCGCUUCUCAAGUAGAAUCCACAAAGGUCGACGUAUUCAGUUAG